AUGAUGAGCCACUAUUUCGCUUGUAUUCUGCUACUUUCAGUUUUUAUUUUUGACGCUUCAACAGCAAAAAGUACAGAAGAUGCCGUGGUUUCCAGCGGAACUAAGGUAUAUUUUUUUUCAAAGUUUUUUUUUCCAUUACAGGCAAAUGUGCAAAGAUUUUGAAAAAUGCUUAUUUUGAAUAUUUUCAGUGGAAACGCCUGGGUAAAAUAAGAGUUUUAGGGUUUUUUUUUCGAAAAUUAACUGGAAGCCUGGAUAUCAAGGCUGAGGGCUAAAAUAGAAAAAAGACACAAAAAAAGAGGUCCAUUUUGCGUUUCACUUUCAAAUGUUUUGUUCUUCAGCUCUCACUGUUCCGUGAUUGAUUUAUGAAAGAUCUCUCCUCAUUUUUCUACGUUUCGCUUCAAACUUUCGAACGCAAAAAAGUGAUACACGAUUUAUCGCGAAAUAGUAAAUUACUGAGUAUUACACAGCGAUUUGGAAAAAGUUUUAGUCAUGUAGGAAGACUCUUAUUCAAGGUUCUGGAUAAGUCUAUACUCAUUUAGACUUCUAAACAGCAUAUAUACUGCUGAUUCAAACUGGAUCCAUCAAAAAAAAGGUUGGUGGAGAGCGCAGACCAGCCACGCCCCUUUGCGUUUCAAGCUAAUUGGGAAUCGGCUAAUAACACUCAGGAACUGGUGGGGGAAGUACCGGGUCUCGGGCUCUUAUUAUUGCCUUUUGAGUGGAAAAAACCUCUUUCAAAGCGUUGAUUUCAUUUUUAUUUUAGCUGCGUAUUUUGCAUUGAAUCUGUUUCAAACUCAAUCAUCUUGAUAAUGAAAGAUGUGGAAAAAAACGGAACUUAUCGGCUUGUAUGACCAAAAAAGAAGAAAAAAAAAAUGAAAAGAGACACCCGCCGAGUCUCCUUCUGAGACGCCGCCACCAGCGCCUGAGCAUUUUUUUGUAUACGAAACAAGAAUAUUUUCUUCCGGAUUAAACAGAAAAUGGAUUGUAGAAACUGGUGCAAAAGAUGGUGACUUGUAUAACCCCGGUGGAUACAGUACUUGCGGCAAAAGUCGCCGAAUGUACAGAUGAUGUAUGCGUCCGCACCGCCCGUCAAUACACCAAAAAGGCCUAUCCAGUUGACUUCACCGCUUCAAUUCAACCUUGUCUCAACAACCAGACAGCCGAGACGACGAAAUUAGGGACAUAA